AUGGACACAGGGAAUGAUGCGGACGGGACAAAUCGCCAAUUAAAAUGGUUUUGGGUAGUAUUUGAGGUUAUGACAUGUAUGCUCCAAGAUGUUUUAUGGAAAGAAAUCCGUCCAGACAGAUUAGCUGAUGCUGUGAUGAAUUCUAAGCCUUUAAAGAAACGUUUUAAGAAAUUGAAUGCUUUGGAUAAGAUAAUAAAAGCUAAAGAUUCACAAAAGCCUUAUGAAGACUUUGACAUUUCUUUGCUGUACGUUUGCCUAAGAAACACAUGUCCCAAAAUCAAACCAAAAAAGGGUUGGGAACAAAAACCAAAAGACAGUGAUACAACCAUAGGAGACGACGUCGAACGAAUUCGACAUUUUAGAAAUGAUUUGGUGCAUGCUUCAAAAGUAUUUAUGUCAGCAAUGGAGUCGGAAGAAAACUGGGCAACUGCUGUCGAUAUUGGCAGACGUUUAGGAGAAUAUGUAGGUAGGAACGUUAACUAUGAGGAGGAAAUCAAACGAUGCCAAAAUAAUUCAAUUACUCCUGCAAUGAAAACAGAGGUCACAGAAAAACUAGAAAGACUGGAAAAUGAAGUAUGCCUUUUGAAACUUAAAGUGACAGAAAGUUGGAAAUUACGAUCAGAAGCAUCAAGUCAGGCCGAAAGGAAAAGACAAAAUCUUAGCAUACUACAACAUCAUAUUGUUCUAAUUUUAAAUGAGACAUCGAAUUCUAUCAGAGAGAAAUCGAAAAAAUCAAAGAUAAAGAAAGUUCUUCGUAGAUUUAAAAAGCACGACGACGUUUUGAAUCAAUUGACAGAGACACCCGAAUUUCAAGAUAUUCUCAAUAACCUGACUGGAAAAAUAUUGAUGUGUGCGAAGGAAAAGAAAAACGAACAUAAGAUUUUUGCAAUUUAUUUGAAGUUUCUCUGUGAAUGGGAACGAAAAUAUUCCUGUUCAAUUAUUUGUAGCCCCGGAUGCAUCUCACUUGCUGUGAAUUUCCUUUCAAUCGCGGAAAUGGAUUUAUUUUUGUCGGAUUUUGAGAAUGGAAAUAUUUCAUUAGAUCUCCAAGAAGUACUUCUUUAUCCACCGUUAUUGUCCUUAUUUGAUCUCCAGGAAGGAGAUUUGGACUUCCGCAUUACAAUUCUAGAGGAGGAUCAAGAUGAAAAGUCGGAGGAAAAUUUAUUCAAUGAAAGAAGGAAUUUCCAGGAAAAUAAGAACUGGAAUUCUUUGGAUAAAUUUUUACACAUUGAUUGCAAAGCAUUUCUUCGAGCAUUGUUGAAACACAUCCAGGAAGAGGAUCUAGGAAUUGCGACCUCAAAGGAAUCACAAAGAACAAAAUCACGCAAAGAUACAGCAAGAGAAAAAAAGGAGGUUGAAAAUUUGGCGUUAGAGGAAUGUUUUAGCAUAUUUCGAAGCGGAGUCUACAAAGAUUUUAUAUCAGAACCAAAACUCGGAUGGGAGUCUAGAGAAUUCCCCCGCGGUAAUCAAACGAACGUAGCAGACGAUAUUUUACGGCUGUUCUUUUACUGGGAAGAAGUACGUUCUAAGAAGGACAUGAAAAUAUCAAAAGCAAAGAUGGCAGAUGUUGUCUUUGUACUACAAGAAAUAGCUGAAAGAAUGGCAAGAAUUUAUGGAGAUUUGGGUGUUGAUCUCCAAAAUAAAGUGGCUGCUCUUACAGACGACGCCUCCAUCUCUGAAGAAUUGAAGAAAACUGACGAAACCAGCGUAAAGGACUUCGGUGAAAAAGAAGAUAUGAGGAAAUACAAAGAGUUUUUCGAGAAUCAGGACCUAGAAGAUACUAACGAUCUAAUUUCUUUCAAAGAGACUCUUCAAGACCUUCGCCACAAAACGUUUCGAGCAUGCAAUGCAGAACUUCUUCAAAACUAUAUGAUGCCUAUGAAACAAGCUCUUGAGCACGUGAAACGGCAAGAUUUGGAGAUUAAAUUAUAUGGAAGUGCAGAAAGAGCUCUGAUUUGGAUCCAGGAAACAGAAAAACUGCUUGAAGUAGAAGCUAUAGAAAAACUGAAGGGAUUUGAUGCACUUCGGUCUGAAAUGGAUGGGCUGCUACGUUAUGUUUCCUCUGUUAUGGACCAAGUGCCAUCAGAAAUGGAAAGCAUAAAGAAGAAACUCCGGGCCGUGUACUCUAAAGUAAAGUUAUUCAAUGAGUGCAUAUCAAACAAAGAGGAAAGAAUCACCAUAGAUAUUGAUUCUAGAGGAACAAUUUUAUCAUCACCGAUCCAAGGGCUGUCUUUGCAAAUGUGGGACAACAAUGAUAGAAAUGAACACAUGCCUAAUCUAGACAGGUCUCUUUUUCAAACCAGUGUCACUGAAGUCUUUAGAUUUACAUUGCAAGGGAAACCUUACACAGUUCAUAGCAAAAAUGAGGAUGUCAUAUUGGUUCGCAUUCAGAUGAUAAACUUAAAGAAACCAAAUGGUAGACAGUGGCUUUCUAAAGUAUGUCAUAGAGACAUCUGGACCACCAUUGAAACACAGACCCAGGAUGAUUGGAUAUUUUUUGGGAUAGAGGCCUUGGAAUCAUUCUUUAUCAUAGAAUCUGCUGAAGAAAUGCCAAUGACGAUUGACCCUAAAGGAGGAGUGUAUAUGCAUGUUUCAGACCCCUAA